AUGGACGCAAAGGCAUUCCAGGAGUUUGCGUUCGAACGUCUGCUGAACGAGGAUCCCGCAUCGCACUCAUUGGCAUUGCUGGGGACGCUCCCCGCAACAGCCGGAGACGUACCCCAACGUCUACCCGCGAUUUUACGAGUUGAAAGGACACCUUUAUCAGCGGAUUUUCCGAGACACCUCAGCUCAGGUCUCGUUCAAGAUUAUUCAUGGCUUUUUGCCUGGUUUGGGACUCGUUCUGAAAUCCCCGAUGUCAAGAUCAGCGUCAUAUUCCCUGCCACUGAAGUACACAUUAGAAAGUACACGAAGCAGGAAAUAUUGAUGGUUCACGAAACUCCAGAAAUAUACGACCGCAUCGUCAAACCCUAUAUUCUGUCUUUUCCUCCUUCACGUACGUUAUGGGUUGAUGACCUGUUGUCCGGCAAGUCUGAGGCAGAUAGGAUUCUAUACAAAGAUGAAGCUUCAGAUUACGGUUACAUUAUUUUGCCGGACAUGAAAUGGGACAUGACGACUGUUUCUGCGUUAUAUCUCGUCGCUAUCGCACAGUCUAGGGCGAUCCGUAGUCUCAGGGAUCUUCGAAAACAUCAUCUUGGGAUGCUUAAAAGUAUCAGACGGGAGUCGUUGAAAAUCGUCCGAGAAAAAUGGGACCUAUUGGAAGGUGGGAUAAGGCUUUUCGUUCAUUAUCAACCUUCCUACUAUCACUUCCACGUACAUAUUGUAAAUGCAAACCAAUCUGGAUAUUUAGGCUCGACAGUCGGUCAAGCACACCUCCUAGAUGAUAUCAUUUCAAUGCUCGAAAUCGACAUUGACGAUGGAUCAUCAAUAUUGGAGAAGAUGACGUUCACGUACGGUUUGGGUGAUCAACACGGUUUGUUUGAGAAGAUGGUUGCUGUUCAGCCUGAAUUGCCAGAAUGA